ACUCAGCAAAAACCAGAAGCGGUCACUUGGUAACGGUCCUAGCCAGAUAAUUAAUCCACUAGCGGCCAGUUUUCACACUUGUCUCUGCUUAGCGAUAAUGUUACUUACACAUUGAAAUGUAAGCUAUGAACUGCGUUGAGGGUGGUGCUAGAUAAUCGGUGUUAAUAUAUUAAAAUUGCUUUAAGGUGUCGAGCUAGCGAGACCACGUUAGCAUUGUUGUUAGCAGCUAUGAGCUAACCGUCAACAUUAUUUCACAGGCGUCUAACGUCACGUUAGCUAACGUACUGUAGGUUGCAAGUCCGACUGUCAACUCAUCUCCUCUGGAUGUUAUCAAGCUCAAUAAGGAGUAUGGAACAGAUAAAGACCGAGCCUGUGGAUUUUGUGAAGGAAUUCCAAGAAUACCUGACCCAGCAGACCCAACAUGUCAACAUGAUCUCGGGCUCUGUUUGCGGAGAAACAGAGCCAGGAGAGCCGUUUCAAGCCGUUGCCCCCAGGAGUGAGCAGAAUGGUCUGGACCCUCCGUCUUUGGAGGUGAGCCUGCCCAUGGAGGAUGGUCCAGAUGUACAGAUGGACGGCCUGGAGAGGACCUGCGAUGGGAAGUACAAGUGCAGCUACUGCAGCUAUGCCAACAAGGGCAUGGCUCGUUUAAUAGAGCACAUCCGCAUCCACACAGGAGAAAAGCCUCAUCGCUGCCAGCUGUGCCCGUUUGCUUCAGCGUACGAGCGCCACUUGGAGUCCCACAUGCGCUCGCACACAGGAGAGAAACCGUACAAGUGUGACCUCUGCGCCUUCCGCUGUAGUGACCGCAGCAACCUGUCGCACCAUCGCCGCCGCCGCCACAAGCUCCUGCCCACCAGGGCCGUCCGCUCUCCUUUCUCCAACAAAAGAAUGUUGAGCUCGCUGCAGAAGAGGACCGGCGCGUUGGGCUUCAGCAGGCGACUGCUCAUCAACUAUAACCCUCCCUCCAUGGGGAUGCCAAAGUCGAAUUAUAUAAAUGACAUGUCUUACAAGAUCCACCAUCAUACGCAUGGCAGUGAUCAUAAGAACCAUCCCAAGGUAGACGAGAAUGACGAUCAUAAAAGAGACGACAAUAAUUUGACUUUUAUUAACCCACUGGACCAGCUGUCUACACUCGCUGGCCAGUUAGCCGACAUUCAUCCUGAGUCUCAGACCCCUGCAUCCCCAGACAGGGAGUCCCUAAAAGAUGAGAAGCCCAUUCUCAUACAACAGGUCUCUAGUGAACACCUUGCCAUGUGUUCAAAUGGCAUGCAGACUUUACCGCCUAAAUAUGAAUCCCCCAAGUCAGGCCACGGGAGCUGCAGUCCCGCUCCUGGCUUCAGCUUUGAGAACAGCUUGAACACUGUUACUGAGAGUGUCCGCAACAGCCAGCCGGGCACACCGGCUCCUGCGCUGACCCCAGCGGACCAACAGCUCCUAAAUAAGUGCCAGCACUGUGAUAUUCACUUCCUGGAUAACAUCCUCUACACCAUUCACAUGGGCUGCCAUGGCUACGAACAUCCAUUCCAGUGCAACAUCUGUGGUCACAUGUGUAAAGACAAAUACAACUUUUCAUGCCAUUUUGCCCGCGGACAACAUAUAAAGUGAUUCCAAGCAACACAGAUGCAUACGGUGUCUUUGCUCCUUGUGUUUUCAGCAUAUUGCUUGUACAGCAUUUAAACAUGGUAACCCUGAUUUACAUUUUUAUAUUCUGAACAGUUUACUAUUUUCUUUUAAUUUGCUAAAUACUAUGUUGUUGUCUUACUGCUGUUCUAUACGGCUUUGAGCUUUUCAUAUUGGCUCUGGAUUGAUACAUACAAACGGUGGACAAAACAACAGAAACAUCUUGAAUCCUCCCUUCUAUAACAACGCAGCUUCUUGUGUUUGACAUAUAAUCCUGAGACAUUAUCGUAUCCAUGAGACAUUUCAAUGAAACACCAACAGUAUUUAACACCUAACAUUAUUCAGCGUGAGGCUGUUUAACUGUAAUGUUGUCCAUCAUCUGUAUAUGGCCCGUUAGUUAAAUUGUCUGGACACACUUCGCUGUGAGACGUUCAAAGACUGGCCGCUUAAUUGGCUCAUUUUCUGUUCAAACGUUUGUGCAGCCAGACCCAUUAUAAUCCUGCUUGCUGUUCUGAUAUUUAUUUAUACCUCACUCCAUGAAACAAUUUUGUAUUUAUAAACUUUAAGUAGUUUUGUGGUACCAAUUUUUAGUACAAAUUCUGAUUUCACUGUACACACUUCUGUGUAUAGUAAGAGAUGUAGAGUCACUGUAAAGAUCUCCGACUCUUAAGAUGUAAUUUAAAAUGUUAAUUCAUUUGGUAGCUUGUUUGUAUGCGAUUAAUAUUUUUAUGGACAGAAAGUGAUUAUUUGAGAUCAAUGUGUUCUUAUCUAUUAAGUAUAGCAUUUGUAUACUGACACCUUAUUGGCAGAGACCUUGUAGAUGACCACGAAUGUAUCGCAGUAUCUUGAGUUUGAAAUAAAAAAGUUUUUAAUAACAGGA